GAAGUGAUGAUGACAGUCAGUGAUUCCCCAGAGAGCGAGAAGAUUGUGUGAACCAGCUCUCCGCAAGAUAUGCAUCGGAAAUCUACAACAACUCUCCCCAUGUGGGCGGCAGCGAUCCUGAGCUUGGUGGGCGUGAUGAGCGUGAGGGGCGUCCCCAACAGAGUUUCUAGACAAGCCGUUGAUACGUCUAACAUCCCCGACGAUCAGUUUCUGUGCCUUCUGGAGGGGAAUUGCAACUUGAACCCGGAGCCUCCUUCGCCGAGAUGCACCUGCGUCAAGUGGUGGAACUGCCGAGACGUUCCGCGCGGCAACGAAGGCGGCAUUGUAGCGGUGGUAGACGUCAGACUCGACGCCGCGUGCCCCAACGACGCCAAUGACGUCUGCUGCGACAACGUGGUGGAAGCGCAGCCGCCGACGGAGGUGCCGACGGUGCAGCCGACGCAGAACACGGGCUGCGGGAGGAGGAACGAACAGGGCGUCGUCGUCAACUUCAAAGGAUUUUCGGACCGCCAGGCCCAGUUCGGGGAAUUCCCCUGGAUGGCCGCGGUGCUGCGGCAGGGGAGAACCGGCGUCCCUGAGUAUGUGUGCGGAGGGUCGCUGGUUCACCCGCGUGUCAUCCUCACCGUCGCUCAUCACGUACGCAGCGAGGUCGCGGGGACCCUCAUAGUCCGGCUGGGCGAGUGGGACUUCAAGAAUCCCUCAGAGCCGAUCCCGCACCAGGACAUCCGUGUGAGCCGCAUCAUCCUCCACCCGCAGUACGUCCCUGGGGAUCAGUACAACGACGUCGCGCUCCUCCUGUUGGCUGAUGAGGCCGUGCUUGGGUCCACCGUUGGCACCAUCUGCCUCCCGCCGCCGUCCCAGUCCUUCGACGGGGCUCGGUGCUUCAGCUCAGGAUGGGGCAAGGACAUCUUCGGCAACCGGGGACGGUACCAGCAGAUCCUGAAGUCUAUCGAUCUGCCGAUGGUGGGGCAUGGUCAGUGCGAGCGAGCGCUGAAGACGAGUCCUCGCCUGAGUCCCAACUUCUUCCUGCACUCGUCCUUCGUGUGCGCCGGAGGAGAGCCCAAUAAGGACGUCUGCACCGGCGACGGAGGCUCCCCGUUGGUUUGCCCAAUGCCGGGAGACCCCACGCGUUAUGUCCAGGCCGGCGUCGUAGCGUGGGGCCUCGGGUGCGGGCAAGCCGGGAUGCCUGGGGUAUACGCGUCCGUGAGCCAAGCUUCGGAAUGGAUUCGAAGCACCAUUCAGCAAAACACGGGAUUCGACUUGAGGCUUGGGAAAUAAGGAACUUUCCUGCCGUUAAUUUUUAACGUGUUCCUUAUUCCGUAUUUAUUACUUUUUAUAUGCCAGCCAUCUUUUGCGUAAUAAUGAAGCACUUCUCAUUAUUACUUUUUUCAUAUUGUUAUGUAUCUGUAUUUUACUUCUUGAUAAUUUUGCUUUACAUAUAUAUAUAUAUUUUUUACUCCUAUCGAUUCAUUUUACUGCAAUUUCGCAGGUUGACUUUCUUGCUUACAUCCAUAUGUCACCAAAUCAAUAAGCUCUCUGAAUAAUUAAUUUGGAAUCAGGUAAUACAAGGAAUCCACAUGUUAAUCGCGUGUUUUUUUAAAGCGUUAAUCGAUGAUCUCUGAGUUGAAAAAUGCUGUUGAGUUUAUCAACCGCCUUAGAGUGAAAGCAGUUUGUAUGAAUUUCACAUGAAUAUCGGAAAGGUUCAUGACAAUGUGUUAGUCAUGUAUCUGUUAUGAAAAAGUAAUGUUCAGUGUCAGACCCAUUCGUGUAUGCUGGUAAAACAUACUGUGCGUUUAUGUAUCAGUGUUAUUUUCUAUAUACAUUAUGUUAUUCAUAGUAAUAUUUGCUGCAACUGUUCUGUG